AUGUACAGCAAAGAAGAAUUUGUCCAGGUCAUCAAGAUUGCAUAUCGUGUUUCGUCGUACCUUUUAAGAACAAAUCGUGUUCAAAAAGCCAUCGAAUUAUGUAAGGAAAAUUUGUUUCUUGUUAACCACAAGUUACUGAAAAGUGAAAAGGAGUUUGUCAUUCGGUGCAAGAUGAUGAUUCAUAUACAAAUGUUUCUGGGGUACAAACACACUAAGGAACACAGCAAUGCAAUCGAAAUUGGCAGAAAGAUUAUUGCCGCUUCUCGAAACACUGGCCAGAGAGAUUUAGAAGGAGAAACGACCAUUUUUGUGGCCCAAUUAUAUAGACACCAGUGCGAUUAUAAUGAAGCAACAGAGCUUUACACCAAAGCACUAAGCAUCGCGACACAAACUGGGAACAAAGAAAUGGAAGGACUUUGCUACAUAAACUUAGGAAACAUCUUUCAGUGUCUGGGUGUAUGUGCCAAGGCUACAGAGUAUCACGAAAAAGCGCUUGCAAUCGCACAGGAAAAUGGCAACAGAGAAACAGAGGUCGCAUGCUAUGGAAACCUCGUACGUACGUUUGCGUCCUUUGGAGAAUAUGUCAAGGCUAAAGAAUAUCAAGAAAAAGCACUUGUAGUCGUAGAAAAGAAUGGCAAUUGGAAAGAAAAAGCUGCAUGCUAUGGAAACCUAGGAAGAUUCUCUUUCUCUCUCUGUGAGUAUGCCAAAGCUAAAGAAUAUCAAGAAAAAACACUCGCAAUUGCAGAAAAAGUUGGCGACAGGAAAACAAAAGCCGAAUGCUAUUUAGACCUAGGAAAUAUCUUUCAGUCCCUUGGAGAAUAUUUCAGGGCUAAUGAAUAUUACGAAAAAGCACUUGCAAUCGCAGAAAAAAUUAGCGACAGGAAAACAGAGGCUGCAUGCUAUGCAAACCUAGGAAGUAUCUUUGAGUAUGUUGGUGAAUACGUCAAGGCUAAAGAAUAUCAAGAAAAAGCACUUGUAGUCGUAGAAAAGAAUGGCAAUUGGAAAGAAAAAGCUGCAUGCUAUGGAAACCUAGGAAGAAUCUCUUUCUCUCUUUGUGAGUAUGCCAAAGCUAAAGAAUAUCAAGAAAAAACACUCGCAAUUGCAGAAAAAGUUGGCGACAGGAAAACAAAAGCCGAAUGCUAUUUAGACCUAGGAAAUAUCUUUCAGUCCCUUGGAGAAUAUUUCAGGGCUAAUGAAUAUUACGAAAAAGCACUUGCAAUCGCAGAAAAAAUUAGCGACAGGAAAACAGAGGCUGCAUGCUAUGCAAACCUAGGAAGUAUCUUUGAGUAUGUUGGUGAAUACGUCAAGGCUAAAGAAUAUCAAGAAAAAGCACUUGCAAUCGCAGAAAAAAUUAGCGACAGGAAAACAGAGGCUGCAUGCUAUGCAAACCUAGGAAGUAUCUUUGAGUAUGUUGGUGAAUACGUCAAGGCUAAAGAAUAUCAAGAAAAAGCACUUGCAAUCGCAGAAAAAAUUAGCGACAGGAAAACAGAGGCUGCAUGCUAUGCAAACCUAGGAAGUAUCUUUGAGUAUGUUGGUGAAUACGUCAAGGCUAAAGAAUAUCAAGAAAAAGCACUUGCAAUCGCAGAAAAAAUUAGCGACAGGAAAACAGAGGCUGCAUGCUAUGCAAACCUAGGAAGUAUCUUUGAGUAUGUUGGUGAAUACGUCAAGGCUAAAGAAUAUCAAGAAAAAGCACUUGCAAUCGCAGAAAAAAAUAGCGACAGGAAAACAGAGGCUGCAUGCUAUGCAAACCUAGGAAGUAUCUUUGAGUAUGUUGGUGAAUACGUCAAGGCUAAAGAAUAUCAAGAAAAAGCACUUGCAAUCGCCAAAACCAUUGGCGACAAGAAAACAGAGGCUACAUGCUAUGCAAACCUAGGAAGUAUCUUCGUGUCUGUUGGUGAAUACGUCAGGGCUAAAGAAUAUCAAGAGAAAACACUUGAAAUCGCAGAAAAAAUUGGCGACUGGAAAACAAAAGCUACAUGCUUUUUAAGGCUUGGAAGUAUAUUUCAGACUCUCGGUGAAUAUGUUAAGGCUAAAGAAUAUCAAGAAAAGGCACUUGUUAUCGCAAAAAAAAUUGGCGACAAGGAAACAGAAGCUGCAUGCUAUAGAAAUCUGGAGAGAAACUCUUACUCUCUCUGUGAGUAUGUAAAAGCUAAAGAAUAUUACGAAAAAACAGUUGCAAUUGCAGAUAAAAUUGCCAGCAAGGGAACAGAAGCUGCAUGCCGUGUACGCCAAGGAAGACUUUUUCUUUCACUCGGUGAAUUUGUGAAGGCUAAAGACUGUCUUGAAAGAGCGCUCGCAUUGCACAGAGAGACAGGGGAAAUAAAAAGAGAGCCGCUACUUCACUUGCUUAUUUCACUUUGUUUGAUGAAUGCUGGUAACAUGCCUGAAGCUAAAUCUCAUCUCUUUGCUUGCAUUAGUAAGGGAGAGGUAAUUCGACGUUUUCUGAAAGAUCAUGAACAAUUCAAGAUAUCGUAUUUUGACAAGGUUGGUUUUCUUUAUCGAAUUAUCAGUCUUGUGCUUUGCUUUAGGGGGAAUCCUCGUGAGAGUCUUCACGCGGAGGAGAUUGGACGAGCAAGAGCCCUGGCAGACCUAAUGUCAAGCCAGUACUCAAUAGAAAACGAAAUAUCGGUCCAUACACAGGCACAGGCGCCGGCUGGUAUUGAAAAGAUCAUGAAAACACAAAAUAACUGUGCUUGCCUUUACAUUUCAUACUUUGAAAAAUUUAUCAACCUGUUUGUUAUCAAAGCAGACAAAGAAUUACUUUUGCGAUCAACAAUCGUGAAAUUCUGUUUCGCUGGGUCAGAAAGCAGAGUGUCUGACAUUUUUAACACCGAAAAAUUCAGAGAGGUACAUUGCUUAGCUCCAGGUCAGUGCGAGGAUCGAUCCUGGCUUCCUUCAAAUGUUCGCUCCGAGCAGACGCGCAAGUCAUCUCAAGGAAAUAGCCUCACGGGGUGCCGCCCUGUAGAAGAGGAUGAAGACGAACAGCAGCCCAUCCUUACUCUUGCAGAUGGCUACAGAAUGAUCAUCGCUCCUGUAGCCGACUUUCUUGAUAAACCUGAAAUCAUCAUUGUCCCUGAUCGCUUGUUCUUCCGAGUUCCAUUUGCAGCGUUAAAGGACGAAAGAGGAAAGUAUUUAUCAGAGUCUUGCAGGAUUCGAAUCGUUCCCUCUUUGGCGACUCUCAAGCUCAUUCAGGACAGUCCAGCAGACUAUCACAGUCAGACUGGUGCACUGAUAGUGGGGGAUCCUGAGGUUGGUGAGGUGUUGUACAAGGGAAAUCUUCAGCACGUAUCAAGGCUGCCUUUUGCAAGCGAGGAAGCAGAGAUGGUCGGAGAUUUGCUGGAUAUACAACCCCUUCUAGGAGAGCAAGCAACAAAGGAGACGAUACUCCAAAGCAUACAUUCAGUAAGUCUCAUACAUUUUGCUGCACAUGGUGAUGCGGAACGAGGAGAAAUUGUUCUUGCUCCUCCACCCUUCAUUGAUAGAAAACCUGAAGAAGAAGACUACUUGUUGACCAUGGCAGACAUCUCAAAAAUUCGGCUGCGAUAGAAAACACUUGAAAUCGCAGAAAAAAUUGGCGACUGGAAAACAAAAGCUACAUGCUUUUUAAGGCUUGGAAGUAUAUUUCAGACUCUCGGUGAAUAUGUUAAGGCUAAAGAAUAUCAAGAAAAGGCACUUUUUAUCGCAAAAAAAAUUGGCGACAAGAAAACCGAAGCUGCAUGCUAUGGAAAUCUGGAGAGAAACUCUUACUCUCUCUGUGAGUAUGUCAAAGCUAAAGAAUAUUACGAAAAAACAGUUGCAAUUGCAGAAAAAAUUGCCAGCAAGGGAACAGAAGCUGCAUGCCGUGUACGCCAAGGAAGACUUUUUCUUUCACUCGGUGAAUUUGUGAAGGCUAAAGACUGUCUUGAAAGAGCGCUCGCAUUGCACAGAGAGACAGGGGAAAUAAAAAGAGAGCCGCUACUUCACUUGCUUAUUUCACUUUGUUUGAUGAAUGCUGGUAACAUGCCUGAAGCUAAAUCACAUUUCUUUGCUUGCAUUAGUAAGGGAGAGGUAAUUCGACGUUUUCUGAAAGAUCAUGAACAAUUCAAGAUAUCGUAUUCUGACAAGAUUGGUCAUCUUCAUCGAAUUAUAAGUUUUGUUCUUUGCUUCAGGGGGAAUCCUCAUGAGAGUCUUUACGCGGAGGAGAUUGGACGAGCAAGAGCCCUGGCAGACCUAAUGUCAAGCCAGUACUCAAUAGAAAACGAAAUAUCGGUCCAUACACAGGCGCCGGCUGGUAUUGAAAAGAUCAUGAAAACACAAAAUAACUGUGCUUGCCUUUACAUUUCAUACUUUUCAAAAUGUAUCAACCUGUUUGUAAUCAAAGCAGACAAAGAAUUACUUUUGCGAUCAACAAUCGUGAAAUUCUGUUUUGCUGGGUCAGAAAGCAGAGUGUCUGACAUUUUUUACACCGAAAAAUUCAGAGAGGUACGUUGCUUAGCUCCAGGUCAGUGCGAGGAUCGAUCCUGGCUUCCUUCAAAUGUUCGCUCCGAGCAGACGCGUAAGUCAUCUCAAGGAAAUAGCCACACGGGGUGGCGCCCUGUAGAAGAGGAUGAAAACGAACAGCAGCCCAUCCUUACUCUUGCAGAUGGCUAUAGAAUAAUCAUCGCUCCUGUAGCUGACGUUCUUGAUAAACCUGAAAUCAUCAUUGUCCCUGAUCGCUUGUUCUUCCGAGUUCCAUUUGUAGCGUUAAAGGACGAAAGAGGAAAGUAUUUAUCAGAGUCUUUCAGGAUUCGAAUCGUUCCCUCUUUGGCGACUAUCAAGCUCAUUCAGGACAGUCCAACAGACUAUCACAGUCAGACUGGUGCACUGAUAGUGGGAGAUCCUGAGGUUGGUGAGGUGUUGUACAAGGGAAAUCUUCACCACGUAUCAAGGCUGCCUUUUGCAAGCGAGGAAGCAGAGAUGGUCGGAAAUUUGCUGGAUAUACAACCCCUAAUAGGAAAGAAAGCAACAAAGGAGACGAUACUCCAAAGCAUACAUUCAGUAAGUCUCAUACAUUUCGCUGCCCAUGGUGAUGCGGAACGAGGAGAAAUUGUUCUUGCUCCUCCACCCUUCAUUGAUAGAAAACCUGAAGAAGAAGACUACUUGUUGACCAUGGCAGACAUCUCAAAAAUUCGGCUGCGAACCAGAUUGGUAGUCCUUAGCUGUUGUCACAGUGCACAAGGACAGAUCAAAACGGAGGGGGUGGUUGGAAUUGCUCGCGCGUUUUUAGGAUCUGGUGCACGUUCAGUGUUGGUGGCACUGUGGGCCAUACAAGACGAAGCAACAAAACAGUUCAUGGGUCGUUUCUACGAACACCUUGUUCGUGGAGAAAGUGCCAGUGAAUCUCUUCACCAAGCCAUGAAGUGGAUGAGAGAAAACGGAUUCUCUGAUGUGGAGCAGUGGGCACCUUUUAUGCUGGUUGGAGAUAAUGUGACAUUGGAUUUUCAAAAGUUGCGGUAA